AUCCAUCCCAAAUAGGCGCUGAAUUUUCCCGCCAUAUUUGUCAAUCCAAUGGCUGUAAAUAAUAGGUACACAUGGCAGCAGCUCAUUAAAUCUCUGUGUAUAAACUCAUACAAUCAAUUAUGGACAAAAGAAAACCAUCCCCACAGCACAGUACAUAGUCUUAAAAGAGUCUGUCCAAGCCAAUAAGAUUACUAAUGUACAAACAAAUAAGCUGCCAGUGCCAAUAAGAUUACUAAUGUACAAACAAAUAAGCUGCCAGUGCAAUGAAAGUUGCAGAUAAUGUCCUGUUCCACAGAAUGCCUCCUCCACAGAAUCAUCUUCCUUGAAUCUUCCAUGCCAUUCCCACAAAAUAGCCCAGGCUUAGGCAGUGUUCAUGAAGCUCAGAGUUGGACACCAAAAAACUACAUUGGACUACAGUUUAUACAACUCCAUUAAUUGUAAAAUUUUAAAUUUCGAGGCUCAGAAUAUAUUUCCCAUUGCUACAGAGAAAACGAUAAGAUCGCCAUGUCUGCAACCGCGGUGGCAAAUUUACGGCUAGCCUCGCCAAGAUACGAAUCGUUUGAUGAAAUAUUUGUUAUCAGAAAAUCACAUAAAAAUAUCGUCACAGCCUCAUUCAAAUGUUGAUUCAAUGGCACCGGACCUUAUAAAUAAGUUUAUAUUAUGUUUUCAAAAAGUAGAAAUUUUCUUUGGGCUCGGAAUUGUUUUCCAUUGCUACACAAAAAGAUACGAUUGCCAUAGCUGUAACCACGGCGUCAAAUCUUUUGGAUAAGCAUUGGAAAAUACAUAACAAUAUCGUCACAGCCUCUUUAAUCUCACGGAAUCAGUUCAUUAAAGCAAUGUGUAAUUUCCAGCAAAUUGCCCAUCACUACAUGGGCUAUAAAGAGUCUCAGACUAUAAAAUAUAUUUUUACUAUCACAGCAAAGAGGAUAUUAAAACGCCAUGGCUGCUUCUUGAUGCCUACGAAGCCACGCCAAGAUACGUCUUAUCCCCUUUUUUCAGUACACAAAAUCACAAAACAUAUAAAAAAGAUCAUCAUAGCCUCUUUAGUCUCCGUAAUCAGUUCAUUAAAGCAAUGUGUAAUUUCCAGUAAUUUGCCCAUAACUACAUGGGGUAUAAAGAGGCUCAGAAUUUAAAAUAUUUGUUUACUAUCACAACGAAAAGGAUAUUAAAACUCCAGGGCUGCUUCUCGAUGCCUACGAAGCCACGCCAAGAUACGUCUUAUUCCCUUAAGUUCAUUAAACACAAUAUCACAAAACAUAUAAAAAAGAUCAUCACAGCCUCUUAUUUAUUAAAACCAUUCCAGCCUCAGAUAUAGAAAUAUACCAUUGCUGCAAAGAAGAAAUGAAAUCAAUUAAUCACAUAACCUACCAGGAACAUGGUCCCUCUAAUACCUUACAAAUAUUCAUGACAACUGGUAGAUAACAAAACAGUCAGAUCCCACCUGACCACCAGGCAUGUAUUAUAGCAUUCAACUCAUAGGACUUAAAAAACAUCUCUUCUUUGAAAUUGGGGACUUUCAAUUGUAACCCAAUAUAUUCCUAUGGGUGUAUAAAUACCCUCCUCCUGUUACACACUACACACCUUUCCACUUUACUUAUAUAGUAUAUAUAGUAUAUAUAGUAUAUAUAGUAUAUAGUAUAAAGUAUAUAGUAUAUAGUAUAUAUAAUAUAUAUAGUAUAUUACCCUAAAUUUCUUUUCUCCAUUGUUUUCUAAGAAUAAGCGUUAUAUUUUUCAAAAAAUGCCUGCCCUUUGGACAAGGUUGAUGGAACUAAAACCAUCUUCAUUUCGGGCCAAUUUAAAACUAAGAUUAUUUCGUUCCUACGAUCUCAUGUCCUACAGGAAUGAUGGAGAAAUUUAUGCUCGGGAGUGUAUUUUUCACGACAAUGAGGGGAACCACAUCCUUGCAGUCUAUCAAAAGGAGGAAAUACCAGUCUUUGGAGCAACUCUAAAAGAAGGGAAGUUAUAUCGAAUAAGUAAUCCUGCAGUUCUAUCAAAUAACAAACCUACCAUUGUUUCAAACAAAUUUAAGCUUUCACUUGGUAAAAGGACAACUAUUACUGAGAUUGUGGAUGACCUAUUCCCUAAGCAUGUAUUCAAUUUCAAGCCAUUUGGGGAGAUAAAUGCCCUGCAAAAUUUUGAAAAGGCUCCAAUGUUUGAUGUAAUUGGGGCCCUGUUUGUUAGUGACCCAGCAAUCACCAAACCAAUAAAUGGUAAAGAAACCCUCAUCAUGGAUAUUAGCUUGGAAGAUUUGGAGGGGGGGAAAGAGUUACUGCACUUUGUGGGGAAAAUAUGCAUCAGAUCUUAUGAAAUUUGUGGAAAAAGGAGCAGUGCAACCAGUCAUAGUUAUUAUUCAGUUUUGCAAGGCAGGGAAAUAUAAUGAUGCAGAGGUGUAGAAGAAGAGAUAGAAGCACAUGUCAAAAAGGAAUUACCAUCGGAAAUGAGGAGCGAAGAAGAGAUCAAAGCAUAUGUUGUGUGAGAGAAGUGGGCGGCGGAAAUGUAGGGUAAGGAGGAGAGUAUGUUAAGAGGCCAAAUAUAUGGGCUUAGGCCUGAGCUUAUUUGAAAAUUGGAAUUGGGCUUGAUCCUGAUUUUCUUUUAAAUAAUCUAUUGUGUGAGGUUUGGGUUCAAUGGCCUAAUGUUUAUUAAUACACAUUUCUAAUGUUUUUGGGUUUCAAACCGAAACCGACCGUUGCACAGCCCUAAUACGGAGUAAUAUUUAUACAGGUAAUGUGCAAAUAAUUGUAUAUGACUGUGGACUUCUCAAAGUAUCUAUCAAUCAAGUUUAUUGCACAAACGGAUAGCAUUACACAUUUGUAAAGUUGUGAUAUUUCUACUUAUAAUUUUUAAAAUAUAAUUUAAUUUUUAAAAAAAAAAUAUAUUACUAAUUUUUAGCAUUUUUCUUUACCAUCUCUAUUGACACCUCAUAAAAGCUUACAAGAUUUAUUGUGUGGAGCCACUUGCAAGCAUAAUCAUUUAAAAAAAAUCGUGCCUGCAACUAUAUGUUUUGAUUCACUUCAAUGUGUGGAAAAAAUGAUCAUUCCAUGAAUAACGGAGGAGGGCCACCUACUUACACUCUGAAUGGACAGAACUACCAUAAAAUUGAGACAUUCCUUCCACGAGAAGUGCAAAAUUCAUAAGUUGACAUAGUGGUACAUUUAUGAUACGUCAAACAAGGUCAACAAAACGAUUAAAUCAAACAGGUAGACGUGUAAAUUAAUGUAUUUGUAAUACAUUUUUUAACAACUAUUUACUAUGUGUUGUAUAUACAAAAUCAGGAUUGAUGAUAUCGUCUCGCAAGGGAUUAAAAAUAAUGAUAUGUAAUUAUU